GGGAGGAGGCGACAUCGCCCGCAGAAGCGGCAGCAACAGCAUCGGCGGCCGUGGCAAUAAGCGGGCGCUAGGUUCAUCUCCCAGCACCAUGUCCCAGCUGUACACAGGACUAAAGUGAGGGGCCAGGUGUGGACCCUGCCCAGGGCAGCAUGACCAAGCCUCGGCUCUUCCGGCUAUGGCUGGUACUGGGGUCGGCCCUCAUGAUUCUUUUAAUCAUUGUUUAUUGGGACAACGUGGGCACCGCCCACUUCUAUCUGCAUACAUCCCUAUCCAGACCACACAUCUUGGAGUCCCUGCCCACCCCAGGACUGGGUGGUGAGAAUGUGUUCACUUCCGAUGUGGACGAGUUUUUGGACACACUACUUAGUUCCGAUGCAAAGCAGAAGGAUCAUUCCAGAAGAAAAACUGAGCAGCCCCCGGUGCUCACCCCCAGCAAGCCGGUCCUGGACCACAUGGAGGAGAAUGUGAGAGGCUAUGACUGGUCCACCCAUGAUGCCCAACAGAACCCAGACCGGGACCGGCAGCAGGCUGAGAGGAGGAGCCUGCUAAGAGAUUUCUGUGCCAACGCCAGCCUGGCAUUCCCCACCAAGGACCGCUCUUUUGAUGACAUCCCCAACUAUGAACUGAACCACCUGAUCGUGGACGAUCGUCACGGGGUCAUCUAUUGCUACGUGCCCAAGGUAGCCUGUACCAACUGGAAGCGGGUGAUGAUCGUGUUGAGUGAGAGCCUGCUGGACCGGGGCAGCCCCUACCGAGACCCCCUGGACAUCCCCCGGGAGCACGUGCACAACACCAGCACACACCUGACUUUCAACAAAUUCUGGCGCCGCUAUGGGAAGUUCUCGCGACACCUCAUGAAAGUCAAGCUGAAGAAGUACACCAAGUUCCUGUUUGUGCGCGACCCCUUCGUGCGCCUCAUCUCAGCUUUCCGCAGCAAGUUCGAGCUGGAGAACGAGGAAUUCUACCGCAAGUUCGCGGUGCCCAUGCUCCGGCUGUAUGCCAACCACACCAGCCUGCCCGCCUCGGUGAGCGAGGCCUUCAGCGCCGGUCUCAAGGUCUCCUUCGCUAACUUCAUCCAGUACCUGCUGGACCCCCACACCGAGAAGCUGGCUCCCUUCAACGAGCACUGGCGACAGGUGUACCGCCUUUGCCACCCGUGCCAGAUAGACUAUGACUUCGUAGGGAAGCUGGAGACCCUGGAUGAGGAUGCUGCCCAACUCCUGAGGUCCCUCAAAGUGGACUCCCAGCUCCACUUCCCCCCGAGUUACCGGAACAGGACAGCCAGCAGCUGGGAGGAGGGCUGGUUUGCCAACAUCCCCCUGGCCUGGAGGCAGCAGCUCUAUAAACUCUACGAAGCUGACUUUGUUCUCUUUGGCUAUCCCAAGCCAGAAAAUCUGCUCAGAGACUGAGUUCCCCAGCACCAAAUAAGCACCCACGCUAUCCCAUUAAACUGAAUGACUGUCGUAGUGAGGCGGUCCUUGGAGGAUGGGGUCUCUCCUGGCUUCCUUGGCCUUCUGGUGUGACAGGUGGAGGGUGCCACACCUUUCUCAACAGGAGACCCCUAGCGCCUCACACUCCAGGGUUUUGCACACCCCACCCUUUUUCAAUCUGGAUUUGUUUACUCCACAGCCUGUGUUCAUGGGACACUGUUAAUACCGUUUUCUAAGAUUAAUAUAUUUCAGAUAUAUUUAAUACGAAAGUGGGAGAGAGCUGGAGUAAAGCGCGGCGCCCGCACCCUUGCGCUCUUUGUGGUUCUUUGGGUCAGGCAACAGCACACACAGGAAGGGGACCAGGAGUUGAUGGGAUAUCCAAGCCUCACACUUCCCCUGGAGGGGAACGUUCUCAAAGUGUCUUCACUAGACAACAGCUUAAAUUUGAAGCCAGCUGCCUCAGUUUGCUGUUACUGUAGCAAACCCCCUGAGGUUUUUAAGGGCCUGGUGAGGCCCUGUGAGGCCCUCAGGGAGGUGGCAGCAGCUGGAAUAUGUGCAAGAGGGAAGGAUCUCACCAGACAGGAAACAGAGUGUGGCUGUGGUCCUGCCUCUUCUGAGGGCAUUGGUUCCCUUCAGCUUCGAAAUCCCUGGCCCCCAAGGACAAAACCCCUGGGUGACGUAGCCAAACCAUCCCCAGUCAUCAUAGGUUUUGCCUGUAGUAUUUUUUUAAUAUUUUUUCUUUAUGCCCAAGAGUGGUAUUGCUGGAU